CGAGCCGUCUGGACUGAUUUAAUAAAACGGACCUUGAUGUAAAGAACCGAACUAGAACCGUAAAAGGCCUGUUACAAUUACAACAUCUCAGGGAUGACAUGACAGUGGAUGCAGAGGAAACUUCAGACUUUUAGAAAUGGACUGUCAGGAGAAGCAGGAGGUGCCCGUUUACACUGAUGUGGACAGAGAGACUUUUGCGAGGGACAUAUGUCCACUGCGCAGACCAGCGGUCUUGAGGAGCGUGCCCCUGGGACCCUGCGUGAGCUCGUGGACCGUGAGUUACCUCGCUCAGAAGGGGGGAGACCGCGAGGUCAAAGUGCACGUGUGCCCCGAGCCCAGAAUGGACUUUCUGCAUAAGAACUUUGUGUACAGGACGCUUCCGUUUGAUACAUUUGUCCAAAGGGCUGCAGAGGCAAAGCACUCAGAUUUCUUCAUUAGUGAGAAUGAAAGCUAUUACUUGCGUUCGCUUGGAGAAGAUGCUCGUAAGGAGCCUGCUGAUUUAAGGAAGCAGUUCCCUGAGUUGGCAGAAGACUUCCAGGUCCCAGAGUUUUUUGAGCCUGAGCAGUUUUUUUCUAGUGUCUUUCGUAUCAGUUCACCCGGUAUGCAGCUGUGGACACAUUAUGAUGUAAUGGACAACCUGCUUGCUCAGGUUACAGGACGAAAGCGUGUUGUCCUCUUUAGCCCAAAAGAUGCCCUUCAUCUCUACCUCACAGGGGAUAAGUCUGAAGUUUUGGAUAUUGACACUCCCGAUCUGCAGCGUUACCCUGAAUUUGUAAAAGCUUGUCGCUUUGAAUGUGUUCUAGAACCUGGAGACCUGCUCUACAUUCCAGCUCUUUGGUUUCAUAAUACCCUGGCUUUGGAGUUUGGUGUUGGCGUCAAUGUGUUCUGGAGGCAUCUGCCAGCUGAGAGUUAUGAUAAGAAAGAUCCAUAUGGAAACAAAGACCCCGUUGCAGCUACACGAGCUCUGCAGGCACUGGAGCGGACUCUAGGCAUGUUGGAAGAACUUCCGAGUGAUUAUCGUGAUUUUUAUGCUCGCCGUAUGGUGUUGCGAAUUCAAACACGGGCUUACUGUGUGCAGGCAGCACAAGGAAAUUUAGACACAACAUUCUCUCAAUCAUCUUGACUGAAAUGAUAAAUGAACUGGCGGAAACUUCUCUCUAUUUCUAUUCAAUUUGGUAAAAAUCACUUGAUCAUUAAUUUUUUUUUUGUCAUGUCAUUGAUAACAUUUUUAGGCCAGACCUUCUAACUGAAUAGAACUCAAAUACAGAAUGGGCCAAAACUUAUAACACAGGGUAUAACAAGUAGCGGGCAAAAUUAUUUAUUGAACAGAUUUAAACUUUCAAAAAAUAGGAAUGUAAACAACCAGAAUAAUGUAAAUCUUAUCAAACUUCAAAAUAAAAUCAUAAGGGCUGUCAAAAGAUUAUUUGCAUACAGAAUAAAAAUUUGUGUUUGCAUAAUAUGUUUGUGUGUUAUUUAUUAUGUAUAUAUAUAUAUAUAUAUAUAUAAAUACAGACAUACAUGUAUAAAUUUAAGAUUUUUUUUGUUAAUUUUGUAUAUAAUAUAAAAUGUAUCAAAAUCCCAAAAAUAUAAAUAUAUAUAGAACAUGUAUAUACAUGUAAUACAUUCAUGAAUGUGAUGUGUAUUAUACAUACACAAAAUAAUUACACACAGUGCACAUACAUAUAUUAUGCAAAAACAAGCUUUUAUUUUAUAUGCGAUUAAUUGUGAUUAAUCUUUUGACAAUCCUAGAAAUAAUAAUAAAAUAAAUAAAAAUUAUUAAAUCAUUGUGCUUUUCUUAAACAACACAUUUUAGCAACUAAGAAUAUUUCAGAUAUGAACAAGCUAGUGAAAUUUUGCAAAUGAAAACUAAUAAAAAGAUUACAAAUGUUUUCUUGUUAUUUUCUUUUUUGUAAUACUAUGUAAUAUUACAAUAGAAUGUGUUGUUUCUGUAUUCAUGAAUGCAAUAAUAGCUGUGUAUGUCUGGUUAAACUGGCACAUAGAGAAUGUACUAAAGGCAAUCCAGCACAUACUUUUGCAGACUGUUAAAAAAUUUGUGAAUAGGCAGUAGAUUUUUAAAUUGUUGUAUUUUAAUGAUCAUUUUUGUUUAGUAAAUUACAA